AUGGCAGAGACUUCAGAGAAAAUCCCCAUAGCUAUGGCUGGACCAGAGGAUGUGGAACAGAGUAUGCCACCUGCAUACACGGCGGUAACGAUGAAACCAUCUAGUAGUGGACGUCUUCUGAAGAUUGGAGCAGUGGUCUUUAUUGCGGGAGCUGCACUUCUGCUUUUCGGAGCACUUGGUGCUUUUUAUUUCUGGAAAAUCAACGACAAGCAUGUCUACAACGUUCACUAUAGCAUGAGCAUCAAUGGAAAAGUUGAGGAAGGUUCCAUGGAGAUUGAUGCCAGAAAUAAUUUGGAGAGAUUCCGAACUGGAAGCGGGGACGAGGAAGCCGUGGAAGUUCACGAUUUCCACAUUGGAAUCACAGGAAUCCGGUUCUCUGGAGGGGAGAAGUGCUACAUUAAAACGCAACCCAAAGCUCACCUACCAGAAGUGGAGACACUGAACAAAGAGGCAAUGAUGUUUGACUUGGAAGAUGAGAUCAUGCCAGUCAAGUUUGAUGAGGAGUCCCUGAUUUGGGUGGCGGGGGACCAGCCUCUGAAAGACAGCAGUUUCCUUAGCACGAAAAUCCUGGACCUCUGCGGAGAUCUCCCCAUCUUCUGGCUCCGCCCCACAUACCCAAAAGACGGACAGAGGAAACGCAGGGAUGUCUUGCGGGCGAAGCGUCAGUCGGCGCCCCACAGCUAUGACAUGCAGGAAUUCGAGGAGGCAGCGGAGGAAAGGAAUACUGUGACCCGCGGGCUCGAUGCAACAGCCAAAAGAGCUACGGGUGAGGAUGACGACGAUGAUGAUGAUGAGGACGAUAGGACCUACAACCCAGAGAAUCCCUACCAUCGCAAUGCUGAGGGAGAGGACGGGACCAUGGUAUUCGAUCCGAUGCUGGACCAUCAAGGAAUCUGCUGCACAGAGUGCCGUCGCAGCCACACCCACUGCCAGAGAAUAUGUGAGCCAUUGGGCGGCUACUGGCCCUGGCCCUAUGACUACAGAGGCUGCAGAGUAGCCUGCAGGGUCAUUAUGCCCUGCCGCUGGUGGGUGGCUCGCAUAUUAGGUAUUGUGUAAGACCUCCAAAUUACUCACAACAUCAGGCCAAAUCCCUUGAAGUAUCAUGUCAUUCUAAAUGUUUUUUUUGUUUUAGUUUUGAAUGUACUGUAAAUAGGAAUGAGUAAGUGCCAGCUAUUUGCGUACGUAUGUCUGAAUACUGAUGUAGGUGUUUUUCAUUUUGAAGCCAAAAGACCAUGAUUUUUUUUUUUUAGCACACAAAGGCUAGGACAAUAAUUAAAUGUCUUAUUAUGAUGAAAAUUAUAUGUCUGGAAAUAAUAAUUCCCCCAAAAUGUUGCUUUUGAUGUACUAAUAAAGCCCUACUUUAUUCCUGGCUGUACUUUAUUAAUUUCUAUCAGGAUUUUGUCUUUUUGCAAAAUGCUAGUUUCAGCUGAAGGAAAUACAUGUACAAAAAUAUUCUGUGUAAACAGUAUAUAUUUAAUAAAUCCUGCAUUAGCAUUUCUCUUCUUAUAUCCACAGUUUUUUGUAUAUACAGUAUGUACAAAUGCUUGUUGCACUUUUGUUGUGAAGAUUGUAUAGCAAAAAGAUAUGUAUCGCAUUCAGAGCACAAGAAAUGGUUAAUAAAUGUGAAAUAUGAUUUUGUUUUUAUGGUGACUGCACGGUCUGAAAUGGUAGCUAUCCAUAGAGGUAAUUACAGUGUUUCUUUUGAUGUCAGAAAGAGGCUUUAAGUGGGUGGAAAAAAAUUGUUUGGGUUUUAACUGAGGCCACACAUCUCUUUUUGAUCAGCGGGAGAGAUGAACAUCAGAUAUGAAUUAAACAUUUAACAGAUUGUCACAGGAUUUCAUCUGUUGGUGGCAAAUUCAUAUUUAUGUGAUACUGCAGUUAAACUCACCAUGUUCAGUCUUAUCACAGCAAUAGAUUUGCUCAUAUGAGGGUAAU